AUGCCAGACAGCCACACAACGGUUUAUUCGCCAGUAACCUCCCCUUUAGCUAGAAACCUUUCAGGGAAUUCUUCUGCCUUCUCCGACAGUUGCAUUGUAACCUCCUCGUCUUAUGGAGCCGGAGACCUGAUCAGCCCCGAGGCAGAGUUUCUCAUCACCAAGUUAAAGUCAGCUGUGAUCAUACCCCUGUUGUACCUCUUUGGUGGUCCAACUAAUCUUUUAAACAUGAUUGUCUUCUUCAAGCAGGGAUUGGGAGACCGAGUCAACCUCUGUCUCUUCAGCCUCGCUAUUGUUGAUUUUACUAGCGUGUCCUUCUAUUUUCUCAUCUUUGUUGAACACAUCUUUAUGUUUAACUCACCUGAAACUUUCGGUGAAGUUUAUGCCUUUUUGAUGAGCAACAAAGUGAUGCUCUUCUACAACAUGGGUUACGGUUCCAUGCUUCUGUCAGUUAUAAUUGCUCUUGAGCGAUGUAUUUGCGUGUUGUUGCCUCUUCGUGCAAAACUUUUACUUAAGACCAAAACUAUGGCAGCCAUCAUCAUCACAACUGUGCCGACUGUGAGUUUCUUAAGGCUCGCGGUGUUGGCAAAAUACGUUAUGUUGUGUAUCUACGACAAGAGGAGACAACUGGCCUUAAAGGGUCCUUAUGUUACUGAGUAUGCCGUGAGGAACAAAGAGUUUCUGGAGGGGCUCGACGGAAUAUUUUAUGGAUUUAUCAUGGGACUGGGCUGUCCUAUCAUCGUUCUGAUCGCCACUAUCAUCACUAUCGGCAAACUCUGGCACACAGCCGCCUGGCGAAAACAGACUUCGUCUGCUAACACUCGGAAGGAAAUGGCCGUGACCAAGAUGCUUGUUCUCUUGUCCUUCAUGUUCCUGGUGUUUGAUUUGCCGAGGAUCUGGGUGAGGACCUACCCUUUGUUUGACCCUGAAUUUAGCACUAAAGGCCAGCAUCGCUAA